GCAGCAGCAACAACAGCAGCAGCAGCAGUAGCAGCAGCAGACUCCCAACAUGGGUAACACAAGCAGUGAGCCGGCUGGGAUGGAGCGCCAGGGAGGCCACAAGACAGCCGGGAGGGAUAGUUCUGGGGGAGCCAUCACGACCAAAGAUGGGGACAGGCCCAAGAUCCUGAUGGACAGCCCCGAGGAUGCUGACCUCUUCCACUCUGAAGAGAUCAAGGCUCCAGAAAAGGAAGAAUUCCUUGUGUGGCAGCAUGAUCUGGAAGUAAAUGACAGAGCUCCCACCCAGGCUCGUCCAACUGUGUUUCGCUGGACAGGGGGAGGAAAAGAGGUUUACUUAUCUGGAUCCUUCAAUAACUGGACUAAACUGCCCCUCACAAGAAGCCACAACAACUUUGUAGCUAUACUGGAUUUGCCAGAAGGAGAGCAUCAGUACAAGUUCUAUGUGGAUGGUCAGUGGACCUAUGAUCCCUCUGAGCCAGUAGUGACCAGCCAGCUUGGCACAGUCAACAAUGUCAUUCAGGUGAAGAAGACUGACUUUGAAGAGUUUGAUGCUUUAAUGGUGGAUUCCCAAAAGUGCUCCGAUGUUUCAGAGCUUUCGAGUUCACCACCAGGACUCUACCAUCAGGAGACUUGUGUUUGUAAGCCAGAGGAAUGUUUCAAAACUCCACCCAUCCUUCCCCCACACCUGCUCCAGGUCAUCCUCAAUAAGGACACUGGCAUCUCAUGUGACCCAGUUUUGCUCCCCGAGCCCAACCACAUCAUGCUGAACCACCUGUAUGCUCUCUCCAUCAAGGACGGCGUGAUGGUGCUCAGUGCCACCCACCACUACAAGAAGAAAUACAUCACCACCUUGCUGUACAAGCCCAUAUGA